AUGGAUGCCGCGGUGCACGUUCUCGUGUCCCCCUGGCCAAGGCAGGGACACAUCAACCCCAUGCUCCAUUUCGCCACGGCCCUCGUCGAUGCCGGCGUCCAAGUCACCUUCCUCCACACCGAGCACAACCUCCGCCGCCUUGCCCAGGCGCCUCUGCCACCUCGCCUACGCUUGCUUUCUAUCCCUGACGGCCUCCCAGACGACCACCCUCGCAGCAUCUUGGAGCUCUUGGAGUCCAUGUGCACGACCAGCAGCGCCGCGUACCAUGCCCUGCUCUUGUCCGCCGACGUGCCGGUGACAUGCGUUGUCGCCGAUGGCACCAUGCCGUUCGCCAUCGACAUUGCCGAGGAGCUCGGCAUCCCCGCGCUCGCCUUUGCCACGCACAGCGCCUGCAGCUACCUGGCGCUCCUGUCCAUGCCCAAGCUCGGCGAGCUCGGCGAGAGCCCCUUCCCUGCGGACGACCCGGUGUGCGGCGUUCCAGGGAUGGAGGGCUUCCUCCGGCGCCGAGAUCUUCCUCGGGGACUCUACUGCGCUGAACAAGGCGACGGAGACCCCUGGAUGCUCAAGCUCGCCGAGGUCACCGCUCGUUCCAGCAAGGCAUGUGCGCUCAUACUCAACACCGCCGCGUCCAUGGAGCAGCCAGCGCUUGCCCACAUUGCGUCGCGCACAAGCAACGUGUUCGCCAUAGGCCCGCUGCAUGCCAGGUCAAGGUUCGCCGCAAGCCCAAGCCUGUGGAGAGAGGACGACGGGUGCAUGGCGUGGCUGGACAGCCAUGAGGACCGGUCCGUCGUGUACGUGAGCCUGGGGAGCCGCGCGGUGAUCACACACGAGCAGUUCACCGAGUUCCUCUCCGGCCUGGUAGCUACUGGGUACGCUUUCCUCUGGGCGCUUCGGCCGGACAUGGUCCAGAUGACCAGCUCCGCGCUCCUCCGAGAAGCUGUCGGGGCGGUGCAGGGCAGCAAGGCACGCGUCGUCGAGUGGGCUCCUCAGCGGGACGUGCUGCGGCACCGGGCGGUGGGCUGCUUCCUGACACACGCCGGAUGGAACUCGACGCUGGAGUGCGCCAUGGAAGGCGUGCCGAUGGUGUGCUGGCCCUUCUUCUCCGACCAGCAGAUCAACAGCCGCUUCGUGGGCGCCGUGUGGAGGACAGGGCUGGACAUGAAGGACGUCUGCGACAGAGGCGUCGUUGAGAGGACGGUGAGGGAGGCCAUGGAGUCCGGCGAGAUCAGAGGGGUGGCCCAAGCUAUGGCGCAGCAGUUGAGGCUGGAUGUCGCGGAGGUGGGGUCGUCGUCGUCCGAGUUGGAGCGGCUCGUCCGCUUCAUCAGGGAGCUCAGCAUCAGGUCCUGUUGA